AUGUCAAACAUUAAGAAUAUAACGACUGUGGCUCGUUCACUGACCAAACGACCAUUUCGAGUUUCUAUUGAAGGUAAUAUAGGAUCAGGAAAAUCGACGUGUAUAAAACAUUUUGAGAAGUACAGUAUCGUGGAAACACACGCAGAGCCUAUUCAAGAAUGGCGCAAUGUUAGCGGUCAUAACUUACUCGGGUUGUUGUAUAGUGAUCUUAACAAAUGGAGCUUUGCAUUUGAACACUAUGUGCACCUCAGCCGGUUAAAGAUUCAAACCAGUCCACCGUCUAACCCAAAUGUUAGCGUGAAGAUGUUUGAAAGGUCAGUACAAAACAGCAGGCACUGUUUUGUAGAGAAUGCUAAGAAACAAAAUUUUCUUCAUGACCCACAGUACCAAGUUCUUGUUACUUGGUUUGAAUAUACUGAAAAGAAUUUAGACAUUAGCUUAGAUUUAAUAGUAUAUUUACGGACAACACCCGAAGUCGUUUGGGAACGAAUGAUGAACAGAGGCAGGGCUGAGGAAUCUGAAGUGCCUUUGGAAUAUUUACAACAAGUGCACGAAUCAUAUGAGAAAUGGUUAAGCUUCCCCGAUGUAGGCUGUGAAGUGUUAACAAUUGAUGCCAAUCGAGACAUAAAAUAUGUUAUUGAGGAUUUAGAAAGAUAUACAUAUAAGAUAUUAGGUGGUAAUCAUACUAACUAG